AUGACAUUUUGCUAUCAAAUGAUAAGUUUUAAAAAUAUAAAUAGGGAAUGGAAAAGCAAUCGUAUGGGUAUUUACCAUUUAUUUUUGGCUUGUGCUUUUUUAUUGGGCAUAGAUCAAAUUAGCGCUUAUAAUCCAGAAUCUACCUCAACUAGCAUUUUGUUCAGCGGAAAAAUAUAUGAAAUGGCGGAUUGUGAUAAUAGAUACGCAUUUUUUACUGCUUUUAUUUUUCGUAUUAAUGAAAUAUCGAUUUUAUAUAAUCAACUUGAAAAAAUAUUGAGAACGGACAAAAAACGUACCAGCAAACUAUCUGCAGUGUUUUCAAUUGAUCAGCUAGAAGCAAUUGCAAAUGGUAAGAAUGUGCUUAAGAUGCCAAACUAUGAACGAAUACUAUUAUACCACGAUUCAUUCUUAGACGUAGCGUCUGACAUAAGGAAACAUUCCGGAAGAAUCUCGACGUUUGAUACAGAAGACAUACAAUACUGGGAAGCAUAUGUUCAAGUGCUUGACAUUGUUGUAGAUUAUUUUGGAUUGCUCUGUUUGUUUCUCGUACCAGAUCGAAAUACAAUCGAAGUGACAAUAAAUAAAAAAUUAUCAAACGAGUUGAAGAGAAGAGCGUAUGUGUUAGGUUUCAGUGCUGAAGAAGGCAAAUUAUCAUUUUUUGGUAUUGAAGACAUGGCAAAAAAAGACUGGCGGUGUGAUGAAAUAGUAAAAAUGAUUUUGAAGGUUAGUCAAUGGAUCGAACCAGCAAAAAAUAUAUUAUCGAAUAAUUUGAAGAGAAUGCGUACAGAAACAGAAAAGUAUGCUCGAUUAAAUCUUCAGGUACCGCCAACAUCCUUCAAACAGCUGUUUGCGUAUCAGAAGCAGUUGUUAAGCAGUAAAUCCGUCGGUAGUAUGGGAAUCAUAACCAUAAUAAUGUACGACUUCGAUCUUCAUAUGAGUGUUACAGAACAUUUCAGUCUACUAAACGUUCCAUUGAAAGCUGAAUCAGCGGCCAGUGUUGCAGAAUUUUUGCUUUCGCUAAGGAAUCAGCAUCUGAAGACGAAAAAAAAACAAGUGAGCCAAACCAACGAAAAAGCGAUUGCUAAUCCGGUAAAUAGGAAUCUGCAAAGCGAAUAAUGAGCAAGUAUGCAAACUAAUAUUGAAUAAAGCUGGAA